AUGGCACCGCCGCAUAUGGAACGUCUUGAAACUUUGAUUGACUUCGGAGUAGAACUUCAGGGGCUCUGCGAUCCUUUGCAAGCAUCCGGUGAAAUAGCUCAUUUAAACAAUCCAUCGCUAUUACAGGAGCUAGAAGACAAAUUACCAACAUCGCUAAAGCUUCAGUGGGGAAUGCAAAAGCAAAUUAACCCAAAUGUAACCUUGCAGACUUUUGCCGAUUAUAUGUCACAAAUGGUUACAGCUGCUAGUCAUGUGACCAAGCUAGUUAACCGCUUCAACGAUCGACGCCUGGGUGAUCGUAGAAAUAAUAACAAAUCGAAGGAGAAAGUGCUACUAAAUACACACAGCUCAUUUCCUGUAACUCUGCGAAGUAAAUCAGCGACGGUGAACACGUUCGCGUUUUUAGACGAUGGUUCAUCUCUAACGUUGGUAGAGCAGUCAGUCGCCCACGAGUUAGGUGUAACCGGACCAACGGAGCUUCUUUAUCUGAAAUGGACCGGGGAUGUAACACGGUGUGAAUCAGACUCUAAAGAGAUCUCACUUGAGCUAUCGGGAUUGGCUGGCACGAAAUUCGAUGGUAUCCAGUCAGCCAGGACCGUAUCUGAAUUAAAACUGCCGGUGCAAUCUCUAGACCCGUUCAGCCUUGCUCAGCAGUACCCUCACUUCAAAGGGUUGCCGAUUUCUCGCUAUGAAAAUGCAUUGCCACGCGUGCUUAUCGGUUUGGAUCAGGUAAACCUAUCGUUGUCACUUAAAUGCCGUGAGGGACGGCUGGGAGAGCCAGUGGCCACAAAAACUCGUCUCGGUUGGUGCGUUCACGGAGGCGGACGCAAUGGCAUUUUGAAGCCUAUAGGUGUCUGCUGUUACGUUUCAGACACUAGAGCAGAUAACGAGCUACACGACCUGGUCAAAAUGCAUUUCGAGAUAGAUGAUAUUGGCACUAAGCCAUUGAUGGAACUGGAAUCGGUAGACGACACGAGGGCAAAAAAUAUUUUAAGAGACACUACUAAACGCACGGAUGGAAGGCUUGAGACAGGGCUCUUAUGGAGAUAUGAUCAAUUCGAAUUCCCGGAGAGUUAUCACAUGGCUCUUCGCCGGCUGGAGUGCCUAGAGCGGAGAAUGUCUCGAGACCCUGCAUUGAAACAAAACGUGCAUCAGCAGAUACAAGAUUAUCAAUCGAAUGGCUAUGCUCAUCGCGCUACUGACGAGGAAUUUGUGGCCGCUGAUCCUCGCAGAUGCUGGUACUUACCACUGGGAAUUGUGACCCAUCCCAAAAAGCCCGGAAAAGUCCGUUUGAUUUGGGACGCCGCGGCCAAGGUAGACGGCAUUUCCUUAAACGCACUUUUGCUGAAAGGGCCAGAUUUGUUGUCAUCUCUGUCAGGAAUUUCGAUUCGGUUCCGCGAAAAACCCAUAGCGAUAAGUGGUGACAUACGUCAAAUGUUUCACAAAAUUCGUAUCAGACCUGAAGAUCGACACGCAGAGCGUUUUUUGUGGCGGGAAGAUACAACCAAGAAACCGGACGUGUUUCUUAAUGACGUGGCAACAUUUGGCUCUAGUUGUUCACCGUGCAGCGCACAAUACAUCAAAAAUAAAAACGCCGAAGAAUACGCGGCUGAGUUUCCACGCGCUGCAGAGGCCGUGGUGAAGUGUCAUUACGUGGACGACUUGUUGGAUAGUUUUGACACCAAAGAAGAAGCCAUGCAAGUGGCAGCUGAAGUUAAACUUAUACAUAGCAGAGGCGGGUUUGACAUACGUGGUUGGCGUUCCAACUCUCCAGCAGUACUGCGACAUUUGGGAGAAACAGUGGUUCCGGCGGUUAAAAAUCUGGACUUAGAAAAGGGAGACGGCGCAUGCUGUGGCUACCUACCGAAGACGAAUUGGCUUUCUCAAUUCAAAUGCGGCUGGGACCAAGAAAUUGGAGAUGAGGCAUUUGACUUAUGGAGAAAGUGGACCGACAAUCUAUGCCAUAUCGAUAAUAUUCGGCUUCCUCGAUGCUUCAUUGGCCGAAAUCCUUCAGGAUCGAUACGCUCUAUUCAACUCCACACAUUCGUGGAUGCCAGCGAAGAGGCCUACAGCACUGCUGCAUAUUACCGAAUAAUAUUUGCUGAUGGAACUAUAUCUUGUGUCUUGAUAUCGGCGAAAGCGAAAAUUGCACCCCUUACACCGCUAUCCAUACUUCGUCUAGAAUUAAGGGCAGCCGUUCGCGGUGCUCGGCUAGCAAGUUUCGUGGGUGAUAAUCAUACUUACGCAAUCGACAAAAGAAUAUUCUGGUCGGAUGCUAGUACAGUACUAGCCUGGAUCCGGUCAGACGCUCGCAGAUAUCGGCAAUACGUCUCUUGUCGAAUUGGUGAAAUACUCACGCUUACCGAAACUCAGGAGUGGAAAUGGGUACCGACGAAAAUGAACACUGCUGAUGAAGCCACAAAGUGGGGUCAUGGCCCCUGUUUGUCACCGGAAAAAGAAUGGUUUCGCGGACCAACAUUUCUGCAGUACCCAGAACAGCAAUGGCCAAUCCAAAAAAGCAACGUUAAAUUCGAGACGGUAGAAGAAUUGCGAUCAUGUUUUGUGCACAACGUAAUUAUACGCAAGCCAAUAAUUAAAUUCGAACGAUUCUCUCUGUGGGUGCGGCUUGUUCGAUCGGUUACCUGGAUGAGCACGGUAUCCUGA